AUGAGGAAGAGUGAGCGUCGCAUCAAGGAGCUGACCUACCAGACGGAGGAGGACAGGAAGAACCUCCUGAGGCUACAGGACCUGGUGGACAAGUUGCAGCUGAAGGUCAAGGCCUACAAGCGCCAGGCCGAGGAGGCGGAGGAACAGGCCAACACCAACCUGUCCAAGUUCCGCAAGGUGCAGCACGAGCUGGAUGAGGCAGAGGAGCGGGCGGACAUCGCCGAGUCCCAGGUCAACAAGCUGCGGGCCAAGAGCCGCGACAUUGGCACCAAGGGCUUGAAUGAGGAAUAGCUUUGCCAUGUCUUCUUGAUCUGCCCAGUCCCGAGGGUGCUGACGAAGCCCCCAGUUCCAGAAUCUAUAUAGCAGCCCCUUUGGAUGAAGCAGAAUAAAGCUAUUUUCUUUGAAGCCAA